AUGUCAACAACUCAAGACCAAUCUCGAAAUAAUCCAGGUUUACAAACUUCAUCAGCAUCAGCUAUAUCUUCAGACACAACCGCCACCACAUCAUCAACUGGAUCUCAACAGAAACCCAAAAAAAUAAAUGAAUUUCAAGACGGUAGACAAAAGCCAGUGUAUACAUGGACUCAAAGUUGGAAGGAUUGGUUUAAGCAAAGUUGGAGUUCAGACUAUGACGAUGCAAAAAUAGAAAGUAGGUUGUUAUCACAAUUAUCAUUCUUUCCUGAGAGCGAUGGGAAAAGAAGAGCAUCAAUUAUAAAUACAGAUAUUGGAAAUAAUCAAUACAUUCAUGAGCUAUAUAUUGAAAAUUUAGAAAAGGAUCCUAAUCCCAGUGUAUGUAAAGAAUUUGUGUUGAUACAUGGAUAUGCUGCUUCAUUGGGUUUAUUUAUAGACAACUUUGAUCAACUAAGUUCUAUACCUGGUUGUAAGAUACAUGCUAUUGAUUUGCUAGGUUUUGGACUAAGUUCAAGACCAAAAUUUCCACAAUUGCCAGCUAAAACAAAAUCAGAUAUUUACAAGGUCGAGGAUUGGUUUAUUGAUUCGUUAGAGACAUGGAGACUAAAAAGAAAUAUUAAAAGGUUUGUAUUAAUGGGUCAUAGUUUUGGGGGAUAUUUAAGUUGCGCUUACGCUCUAAAGUACAACCAACAAACUAACAAAGGCUUCACAUCAAACAUUAUAGACAAAUUGGUGCUUAUAAGUCCAGUUGGAGUUGAAACGAGUAAGUUUUCAUUAUUGGACAAUUCCAAAACUGAACCAAAAAUCUCAAUAGAACAAGAAAUGUUGGCGGAUCAAGAAGACAUAGUCGAAGGCAAACCAAUAGAAGAAGCACCUAAAUCAAGAGGAAGAAAAGUUUUUGAUUAUAUGUGGGAACAUAAUUAUUCACCAUUUGCAAUCAUUAGAAAUUCUGGUCCUGUGAAAUCUAAAAUGAUUUCAAGAUGGACCACACAUAGAUUUGCUCAUGUUUAUUAUCAAAAUGAAAAAAAUUUUCAGAAUAUGCAUGAUUAUAUUUAUAGGGUAUUUAACGGUAAGGGAUCAGGAGAAUAUGCAAUAACAAGAAUAUUAUCGGUUGGUGCAUUGGCCAAAUUACCACUUAUAGAUAGAUGUCCUCAAAAGUUUGUGGAUAUGAACUUACCUACGCUAUGGUUAUAUGGUGACAAGGAUUGGAUGAAUGAUGAAGCAGGUCUUGAGAUGACAAAUGAAAUAAACAAAAUAUCUAGAGAAAAACAUCUCAAAAAUUUAGCAUCAUUUAAAAUUAUAAAAAAUGCAGGUCAUCAUUUAUACCUUGAUAACCCACCUCAAUUUGCUAGAGCCAUAUUUAAAUUUUUGGGAUAUUAA